CGAUGUCGGCUUAAGCCUAACCUAACGAAAUUCUCGAGCGAUGUAAUUGUUAGUCUAAAUUAGUACUACAAAUAUCAAUACCAAUUAUAUUAUGAGAUAAGAGUGAGCUUAUUUCUGAUUCCGGUAAUACUACUAAGACUCGGAUACUUUGGCAUUUCAGGCACACAUCAUAAAUUUAGAAGGAUUUAGUCCUGAAUCCUGAAGUGUGUACAAAAGUUGGUGUCAUCAGUUGUUAGUCCUGAUGACGGAAAUACAUAGUUUUGGCGUAGAGCCUAUAAUGUGUCAUGCCUGGAACAAGGAUAGAACUCAACUUGCCCUGUCACCUAACAAUAAUGAAGUACAUAUCUUCAGAAGAGAAGGAGAUAAGUGGGUACAAACAGAUGUGUUAUCACAGCAUGAUCUUCGAGUAACCAGCAUUGACUGGGCACCAAAUACAAACCGUAUUGUCACAUGUUCAGCUGACAGAAAUGCUUAUGUUUGGACACAAGUUGAUGGGAAAUGGAAACCAAUGCUAGUACUUCUGAGAAUCAACAGAGCGGCCACUUGUGUACGGUGGUCACCACAAGAGAACAAGUUUGCAGUAGGUAGUGGUGCUCGGUUGAUAUCUGUUUGUUAUUUUGAAGAAGAAAAUGAUUGGUGGGUCAGCAAACACAUUAAAAAGCCUAUUAGGUCAACAGUUACAAGCAUUGAUUGGCAUCCUAAUAAUAUUCUGUUGGCUUGUGGAUCAACAGAUUUUAAAGCUAGAAUUUUUUCUGCCUACAUCAAAGAUGUAGAAAAGAAACCAGAACCAACACCUUGGGGUGCUAAAAUGCCACUUGGAAAUAUGAUGGCAGAAUUUUCGAGUGGAACAAGUGGCUGGGUUCAUAGUGUCAGUUUUUCAGCAGACGGAAACAGACUAGCUUGGGUAGGCCAUGAUAGCAGUAUCUCCGUGGUUGAUGCUACGAGAGCAAUGUUGCUUUCUACAAUAAAGACACAGUUCCUUCCUUAUCUAACCUGUUCGUGGGCUUCACCAACUACUAUUAUAGCUGCUGGCUACGACUGUUGUCCUAUGUUAUUUCGAUGUGAUGAUCAAGGUCAAUUGACAUUUGUUGACAAGUUAGACAAGUCUCAAAAGAAAGAGAUGGAUGGAUUUAGUGCCAUGAGAAAAUUCCGGAAUAUGGAUAUGCGUGCUAUGAAGGAUAAUAAUGUUGGAGACACUCUCUUGGACAGUGUCCAUCAAAAUGCUGUAACACACAUGACUGUUUAUGCCGGGACCAAGAUAGGGAUUACAAAAUUCUGCACUACUGGUAUGGAUGGUAAAAUGGUCAUUUGGGAUGUAAAGUCAUUAGAAGCAGCGUUAUCUGACUUAAGGAUUGUGUGAAACAAAAAGGUGGUCCUUAUGCAGGGUGAAGACAUUUCUCCAAACCCGAUCAUCGGCACUUCUGCUCGCCCUUCCUUUGGUGCUGCCUCUUGGAAGUUGCUGCAGGUUUCUUGUAUAUUCAAAAACUUAAAUUUAUGCUGAUUUGAUACAGAGACAAAAAAUUUAGAUGUAAAUGUUUAAAUCAUUAAAGAUUGUUCAUAAAUCAAGUGAAAAGGAUAGAAAUGAAAGUUGGCUUUAAAUUUAAAAAAAAAUUAUAAUUACGAAUUCUUAAACUGCACAGAAUUCAAAGAGGAUAUCUGUGUUUGGAUUUGUAUUUAGUGUAGUAAAUUGUAAGAAAUAUAUUGUACCAUUGUCAAAACCAAUUAGUUGGACAGGCUUCCAUUUUUUCACUUGUUCCUUCUGGUUCAAAAUUUACAUGUAUUUAUGGCUAUUCAAUGAACUCAUGUUGGUUAAUUCAUUCACUUGUGCCUUUGCAAUGGUUUAGCCCAAGUUUUUUUGUGUCUCGUAAAAUGGAGCAUUCCCUAAGUGCCAACUACAAGUUUCUUUUUUUUUGAAUGGAUGUAGGGAUUUGAAAUUUGUGGAAAAGGUGAUGGCAUCAUAUAUAUAUUUACAUUUAUUUAUAGCACGAGUAAUGGUUUUGUCUCCCUUUGUCCUACACAUUAUUUACAUUCUCACUAUCUGGAAACUACAAUGUAAAAGUAUACAAUCAAGUGGGAAACCAACUAUGGACAGAUAAAAUAUGAGCUAUUAGGAUUAAUAUAAAUAAUUGUUUUAGUUCCAGCCCCCCAACAUUGUUCCAUCUUUUAAAAUAAGGGCUGAACUUGAGUGAAAUAUCUCUUGUGGAUAUUUUUCAAACAUUUGUUUUCCACUUCCUAUCUAACAAUUAAGGAUAACUUGUAACUGGGAAUUUUCAUAUGUCUCAGCUACAGGUAAGUACUGAAUUUCACGUUUAAAAUGAAGAGCAAGAAAUUUUAUUACUGUUUACAGGCUGUUAUGGCUACUACAAGCUCUUUGAGCAAUUAUACAGGUUUGCUUUAAGUAUAAUUUAUACUAUCCUUGAUCAAAUAGUGAAGAAAACCACGAUAGUGCUAAGUUCAUUAUUUUGGUUUUGUUUAAAGUAAUGGUGCUUGAAAGUAAAUAAUAAUGAUAUGAACGCUCUGAAAACUCAAAAUGCAGUUAAACCAACUACUUGUAAGUUUCAUUUGACGGUAAAUUAUUCCCAGUUAGAAAACUUUUCAUUAGGAUAUCCGACAACACCUAAAUUACAAAACAAAAUUUUCUAGUUUUUCCUUUUAACUGUUGUAUCAGUAUAAUACAAGCUCUGUAACACAAGCCAGCACCGUACAAUUACAGAAGUAAAUUCAUUUCAACAGAUAUCUUCUAGUUGAGAGUUAAGUAGCAGAUGAUUAACAGAACAGUUGUUUACUUAGCCAUACUACUUAAUGCUGCUUGAUUUGUAUAAAUAUUGGAACUAGUUAUUUUCUUAAUCUCCUAGCUAUGAGUCAACUUUAACAAAGCAAAAUAUUACCCAUUUUCCAUCAGCACUUGUUACUAUGGGUGCAAGAUAAUGAAAAAUAGGAGCUGCAAAAGAAUAGUUACUUUUUUUUCAAUGUAGACUUUUCAAUUUGAUAUAUACAUGAUAUCUGAUGAAAAGGAAAUGACCCUGAAGAGGCAGUGUUAAAGAAUGCUCCAUUUUACAGACAGUUAUGCAAUUGUCAGUGCUCACCCUAGCUGUUUCAUUGUGAGGUUUACAAUUUAUUGUUAGCAACAUCUUUAAUAUGCUUAGUGAAAUAGUAAUUUACUUGAAAGCCAAGUUCACUACUAAUGCAGAAAAAUGGGGAAAAAAGAAUCAUAAAGUAGAAACUUUUGAGAUAUCAAAGCAUAUUAAGAUUCAAAUGAAGAAACAUGAUUGAAAGUUGCGUUUUUAUGUUUAUAGGAGUUAAGAUAGUGUAAUUUUUCUGUCAGUUUAAAGUAAUAGAAAUUUUUAUUAACACAUGAUCAUCUUCAUAUCAUGGUAAUAGUAAAAUAGGUAUCAAUUAUGCAGUGAAAAAUCAAUAAUUCACUUUCUGUUACCUCAGUUUUACCACUGCUCUUUACAAUUGAAUAUUUAGCUGUGAAGUACAGAUAUACAGAAUAACAAUGGACUAAUGAAUAAAAUUCAUUUCAAUGGCUUACUUUAUGGGAGUGUGUUUUAAAUCACUCUUGUUAGUUGUUCCAAACAAUAGCUGUGAUAGACUUUUCAAAGAAUACUAAUUAUUCAAUGUGAAGGUUAUAAUCGUAUGUCGUGAUAUCAUAGUAAUUAAUAAGGAACAAGAAAAGUGUAUUUCAUCCACAGCAGUUCUUCAACCCUGUUUCUUAAACUUUUUACUUGUACUACUAACAAGACUGAGCAACAUUAUUGACUGUUACAUCUACUUGAUAUUUGGUACCAACUGUAGUAAAGCUAUGAGAAAGAAAUUGUUUAACUUGGUUUACUACAUACUUUAACAGCUUAACAUGGUGGAAAACCAAGUUUUAGUGUGUUUUGAAUGCCUGUUAUGCAGCUACAAGAGAAAAAAAAAAGUGUGGUUUGUUAUAUCACCCUUAAGACACUAUUUAAUUUGAAAUUUUGUUAAGAUGAGGGCUAUCUGUAAGCCUGUCAACCUGUUAUAAUUGUUGUAUGAAUUAUUAGGAUUAAUUUUAGGGAAUAAUUAAAUUGUUACAGUUAGUUGUUCAAAAUUUUAAUUCAGUGUCAGACGUCCUAUUUUACAGCAGUACAUGAAAAAAUUAACUGAAAUGAUUUGUCUUCAUGAUGGUCAUUAACUAUUACUUAGAUUCACAUAGUGUAAACAGCAUGUUCUUAAGAUCUCUAUCUUUUACUAUAUCUUGAUUCUUGUUCAUUAAUUAAAGUAGUAAAUUUACAAAUAAAAAGAAAAACCGACAAAGGAAUGGCUUUAGAAAAUAGAGAACUUGCAUUAUUUCAUUAAAAUUGUUAAUAAUGUAAAUUCUUUCUAAAACACAAGGGCUUUAGGUAACAAACUUGCAAAUCAAAUAAAUUUUGAUUAACUCUA